GAGACGCAGACCACUUCCGGCGUAGCCAUGGCGGCUAACGCUACAACCAACCCGUCGCAGCUUCUCCCUCUAGAGCUUGUGGACAAGUGUAUAGGAUCAAGGAUUCACAUUGUGAUGAAGAGUGAUAAGGAGAUUGUUGGCACACUUCUGGGAUUUGAUGACUUUGUCAAUAUGGUACUGGAAGAUGUCACUGAGUUUGAAAUCACACCAGAAGGAAGAAGAAUUACUAAAUUAGAUCAAAUUUUGCUAAAUGGAAAUAACAUAACAAUGCUGGUUCCUGGAGGAGAAGGACCUGAAGUAUGAAUGGAUUUCCUUGACUUAUGCUAGAUUCUGUUUUGUCUUAUAAUGACAACAAAAUAGAAUUUUUUUUUAAAACUUUUUAACGUUUGUAUUCUGUGAAGCCAAGUUUUCCGUUAAAGGGAAAUGCUUUGAAGAUGCAUUGUAAAUGCCUGUUUUUGUAAGUUAAUCAUGAUUAUGUUGGAAAAAGAAGAACAGUUUGUUCUUUGAAGACAAAAAUAAAGGUGUUUUUG